AUGAACCGAGUUCCCUUUGAGUGGCUGGCUGACGGGUGGCAAGUGUACGAUUGGUGGGUGGGCAAGCGCUUGGAAUCGGCCACAUCCAAUCUUUUGAAGAACCCCAUCGAAACUUUCUGGACAAACUGUCGCACAUUAUUUAUUGCUCUAACCGGUUACAAGUGCGGCAUUUUAUUGCUGUUGGCCAUGCCGACCAAGCGCAAGGCGGAGAGCGACCAUAACGCGUCCCUCUUGGAUUUCUUCAGCUCAGAGAACAGCAGCAAGACAUCUCCUUCCAAGAAAAUCAAUGGGUCGAAAAAGCAAAAGUUGGAUACCCCGGCUAAGGGCAAGUCGUCCAAGGUGGCCGGGCAGAGGAGUCUCGCGAGUGGCGGACGACAACAUUCUCGAUCAGAAAAUGGACUUCAACCAAAAAACAUCAUUCAUAAGGACAUAGAGGUGAUAGAAGUCCUUGAUUCGGAUGACGAGGAGAUAGAAGAGCUCUUGGAGAUCAAGAGUAAGCAACCCGAGUCGGUGUCCGAUAACGCAGGAGCGUCUAAUGUGGAACGGAACUCGCUUAAUCGCUCUCCUAAUCCAAUCUCGGAGAGAGAGGAGACGAACCUCGACUAUGAAUCAUUCUUUUCUGAUCCGGUGAUACCCAGCGAGUUGAGAUCAGACGUCGAAGAGGGUCAAGGAAUUGCAAAGAAGGCCUUGAACGAGCUAGAAUUUAUCGAUCUCGAGGAGGAAGAGGCGAGAGAAGUCAGUGUGAGACUCGAGAGGAUGAGUCCAUACGACUGGGAGACGGGUGAAGACGACGAAGUGGAACAACACGCUGCUAGUGCCGCCGCUUCCGAACCCGAAGAUGAGGGUGAAGAAGCAGCAUUCACUUUAUCUGUUCAAGAAGAGGCGGAGCUUGUGGACGACGAUCAAAUGGAGGUCGAGCCACCAGAAGUCGAGUAUAUCGAGCUGGAAGACGACUCGCCGACCAGCUCUCCCAUUUCGAGCACUCAAGGUUUAUGUCCGAUAUGCCGAAAGGAUAUAAGAUCGUAUAAUGAAUCUAAAGACACACUUAAAGAACCAAGCAAGCCCAAAGUCCUACAACCCAUAUCCUCCUUCCCUGUCCCUUCUCAUCCCGCGUCUUUGUCUCAUAAAGAGGAGAUAAAAGAGAAACCCAAGGGUCUCAACGCAUUCUCAUUCCUAAUGUCCCGGAACAAGGAAAACGAAGCGUGGAAAGAAGCGACAGAAGCGGAAAAAUCGAGGUGGGGCAAGAUGCAAAAGGGCAAGGGCAAGGCCGUUCCACCCGAGCCGCGCAAGCGCAAUUCAGGAAAGGAGGAAGAGAUUGAAGAGAUCAAGGACGAUGACGAGGAUGUUUCGACUAUGACAGAGAAGGUAGUGAAUGGAGAGAGUAGUGGUGGUGCGCGACGGCCUGCUCCUUUUUACAAGGUCAUGCAGGGGAUGCCUAUCGCAGUGGACGCCUUUCGCUAUGGCAAGAUUCCAGGUGUAACCGCUUACCUCCUAACUUGGAAACAUGGCCCUAUUUAUUGCUCACAUACGACUGCUAAUCUUAUCAUACACAUGCUCGACGUGGACAAGAAGUGGGUGCACCCCUUGCCCAUGAACGAAAAGGUAGUGCUACCAGACACUGGCGGCGUCACCGUAACCCUCAUCGAAGCCAACCACUGCAAACAGACAGUAAACGCCGGUGACUCUACAUUCCACUCUGCAUUCGUAGGGACCGCGCGGAUAUUUCGGUAUUUGCACUGUGGUGAUUUCCGGGCUUGCCCGCAACAAGCAAUGCACCCCGAGAUCCGGAGUAAACGUCUUGACUUGGUCUACCUCGACACGACCUAUCUGGACCCAAAG